CUCUCCCUUGCCCUAAUAUUUUAGACAAUGGGUUUAUCCUUUCCUCUCAUCAUCUUGAUCGUGCACUAUCUUGUUUCAUUGAUGAUGUUUAAUCUUAUACUUUUUGCCUCUUCUUCUGGUGUGCAGCCCCUGUGCCAUGAUGAUGAGAGAUUUGCCUUGUUGCAAUUCAAGGAAAGCUUCACCAUCAGUCAGUCCGCGUCCACAAAUCCCUCUACUUAUUUGAAGGUUUCAUCGUGGAAGCCUGAUCAAAUCAGUGAUUGCUGCAAGUGGGACGGUGUAGAGUGCAAUAAGGACACUGGUCAUGUCAUCGGCCUCGAUUUCAGUAGCAGCUGUCUUAAAGGUUUUCUCAACUCCAGUAGCAGCCUCUUUCGCCUUGCUCACCUUCAAAACCUCAAUUUGGCCGACAAUGACUUUAACUCUUCUCCACUUCCAACUAGUUUUAGGCAGUUUUCAAGGCUAACAAAUCUCAACCUCUCAAACUCUGUAGUUUCUGGCCAAAUCCCUUCAGAAAUUUUAGAGCUCUCCAAGUUAGUUUCCCUAGAUCUCUCAUAUAAUCAUCGGUUGAAGCUCCAAAAAUCUGGCUUAACAGUUAUAGCUCAAAACUUCACAAACUUGGAAGUACUAAAUCUUGCCCAUGUUGUUAUAUCAUCCAACGUACCCAAUAUCUUUGCAAACUUAACUUCUUUAACAUCUCUAACUCUAUACAAGAGUGACCUGCAUGGUGAGUUUCCCGUGGGAAUUUUCCAUCUACCUAAUCUUCAGCUUCUUCGUAUAGAGUUUAACGAAUACCUCACGGGAUAUGUCCCAGAACUUAACAUAACUAGCCCCCUUGUUACAUUGGGACUUAGAUUCACGAACUUCUACGGUGAGAUACCGGAUUCGAUUGGUCACCUCAAAUCCUUGGUUGAGUUUACUGCGGGUAAUUGCAAUUUCUCGGGAGAAAUACCAUCUUCACUAGGUAACCUUACUAUUCUAAUUGAUUUAGAUCUUGUAUCAAAUAGGUUGCACGGUUCAAUUCCACAAUCAAUAUCAAGGCUUGUAAAUCUUGAAACUCUGCGUCUCGAUAAUAACUAUUUCAGUGGCAGGGUGGAGUUUGAGUUGUUUCUAAGACUCGGAAAGCUAGAGGUAUUGCAGUUAUCUGGAAACAAUAUUUCAUUGCUUAUAAAUCCGAGUACCAACUCAACUUUUCCAAAAUUUAGUAUAUUAUGCCUAUAUGAUUGUGACUUGCAUGAGUUCCCAGAGUUUCUGAGGAACCAAGAUCAGUUGGAGGUAUUAGAGCUUGGCGGAAACAAAAUUCAUGGCCAAGUUCCAAAAUGGAUGGGGAAUGUAAGUAUAGAAACUCUAUGGGGUGUAGGUCUGGAACACAACUUUCUCACCGGUUUCGACCAAUUUCCUGUUGUACUCCCCUACGUUAAUCUAAAGCUUCUGUUGCUUGAUUAUAACAUGCUUCAAGGGUUUGGGCCAAUCCCACCACCUUCUAUUGAUAUCUAUACGGUCUCAAACAACAGGCUGACCGGAGAAAUUCCACAUUUGAUUUGCAAUCUAAGUUUAAUAACUAUGCUCGAUUUGUCAAGCAACAACUUGAGUGGCAAUCUUCCUCAAUGUUUAGGCAACUUGAGUGCUUCUCUCAAAAAAUUGGAUCUACAGAACAAUAGUUUUCAUGGAACCAUUCCUCGGAUCUGCGGUGAAGCAAACAAAUUGAUGAUGAUUGAUUUCAGCAAAAAUCAUUUACAGGGGCGUGUACCGAGAUCAUUGGCAGAUUGUACCAAGCUUGAAGCUGUUAAUCUUGGUAACAAUCAGAUACAUGAUGUUUUUCCUUCCUGGUUGGGCAUUCUUCCAGAGUUGAGGGUUCUCAUUUUGAGAUCUAAUGAAUUCUAUGGUACAAUAGGAAGUUCUGAUAGCAAUUUCGAUUUCCCGAAAUUGCACAUCAUUGACCUCUCAAAUAAUGAUCUUACUGGCAAGUUGCCCUCUGAACACUUCCAAAAUUGGAAAGCCAUGCAAAUCGUCGAUGACGAGCAAUUAAAGUACAUGGAGGAACAAAAACUUGUACGGGUGUCUCGAGGUGCUAAUCAUGUUAUCUACUCUUUCUCAAUGACAAUGAUGAACAAAGGCACAGAGAUGGUGUAUCAAAAAGUCUCAAAUUUGUUCAUAGUUAUUAAUCUCUCGAGGAACAGAUUUGAAGGAGAAAUUCCAGAAGUGGUGGGGCAUCUAAAAGGACUUAAUUUGCUCAACCUUUCCCACAACUUUCUCACAGGUCCUAUUCCAUUUACAUUGGCAAACUUGACAGGGCUAGAGUCAUUGGAUCUAUCUCAAAACAAGCUUUCUGGUGUGAUCCCUCGGCAAUUAACAGAACUCACUUUCCUUUCACACUUUAAUGUCUCCCAUAAUCAAUUGACAGGACCUAUACCACAUGGGAAACAAUUCGACAUAUUCAACAACAAUUCGUUUAGUGAGAACCCUAAAUUAUGCGGAAGCCCUUUGUCAAAGAAGUGUUGGAAUCUUGAAGACUCACUGCCUCCAUCUUCAAGCCACAACUCAACAAACCACAACUCAGAGUUCUCAUUUGAAUUUGGUUGGAAAGUAGUCGCGAUGGGAUAUGGAUGUGGAUUCGUGUUCGGAGUUGUGUUUGGGCAAAUCGUUAUCACAAAGAAUUAUUGUUGGUUUAUGAAGACGUUUGCUAUUGGGCAACCGAACCGAAGAAGGGUGAAUUGGAAGGGACGCAUAAAUUAA